AAUAGCAUAUCUUCAAUCACUCUCCCUGUGGAGCACAGGAACAUCUACUAAACCCAGCUCAUUGCUCAACCUGCCACACACGGCGUGUGUGGACUGAAGCCAGACUCUGAGGAAACCAAGCAAAACACAGGGAUGCACAUAGGCAAAGCUUGGGGAAUGCUGCGCUUCUAAGUGUUAAGUCAACUCUUGUUCAAGAAUCAAGCUGCAUGUAACAUCUGGUCUCUACAGAACACAGACCUAACAGUCUGACCCCACAUAUGGUGCCCGGGGCUGAAGCUGGCCAAACGGUACUGCAUGUAUGUGCACAUCACAUUGUUUUGACGAGUACCUAACUACAGCAGGGAGCAUCCAGUCUCACCUCUAUCGCGGAGGAGGAUUGUAGGAGACAUUCUCUCGUUUCCGCAUGCAGAACAUCCUCGAUCAAAAUCUAGACAUGGCCACGGCGCUGCUCGCGGGCGAGAAGCUGAAGGAGCUUAUCCUGCCGGGCUCCUCUCAGGAUGAAAAGGGCGGGGCACUGGCUGGCCUCAUGGUGCAGCUAAAACUGGAGCUGCCCUUUGAUCGCGUCGUUACUAUAGGGACGGUCAUCAUCCCCAUCCUGCUGGUCACCCUUGUCUUCACAAGAAACUUUGCAGAGGAAUCCAUAUACUGUUACACACCGCACAACUUCACCCGAGACCAGGCACUGUAUGCAAGAGGCUACUGCUGGACAGAGCUUCGGGACGCUGUUCCUGAGACGGAGCCUCAUCUUUGGCCUUCGCUGUUUGAACACAAGUUUCUGCCAUAUGCUCUGCUGGCCUUUGCUGGAAUCAUGUACAUUCCUGCUCUGGGUUGGGAAUUUCUUGCCUCUACGCGGCUUACUUCAGAGCUCAAUUUCCUCCUUCAGGAGAUUGAUAACUGUUAUCACCGAGCUGCUGAGGGACGGGCACCAAAGAUCGAGAAGCAGAUUCAGUCCAAAGGACCCGGCAUAACUGAGCGGGAAAGGAGGGAGAUUAUAGAGAACGCAGAGAAGGAGAAGAGUCCUGAGCAGAAUUUGUUUGAGAAAUAUUUGGAGAGAAGGGGCCAAAGUAACUUUCUGGCAAAGAUUUACCUGGCACGCCACCUGGCUAUUAUCUGCCUCAGCUCCAUCCCCAUUUCUUACCUGAGCGCCUACUAUGCCCGUCAAAGGCAGAACGAGUUCACCUGUGCGCUGGGUGAGCCUCCUGACAUCAGCAGCUACUCUGAGCUGAAGCUAAGGGUCAACUGUAAGCUGCCUGCUGUGCAGUUGCAGCGGAUCAUGGCAGCGGUGGACAUAGCCCUGCUCUGCACCAUGAACUUCAUCAUCCUGCUCAACUUGCUGCACUUGUUUGUGGUGCGCAAGUCCAAUUUUGUAUUCGACAAACUUCAUAAAGUUGGCAUCAAAACCCGACGACGCUGGCAGAAGUCUCCGUUUUGUGACAUCAACAUUCUGGCCAUGUUCUGCAACGAGAACAGGGACCACAUCAAGUCACUGAACCGACUGGACUUCAUCACCAAUGAGAGUGACCUUAUGUAUGAUAAUGUGGUCAGGCAGCUGUUGGCUGCACUUGCACAAUCCAACCACGAUGCUACGCCCACUGUGAGGGAUUCUGGGAUACAGACACUUGAUCCCAACAUGGAUCCUUCCGACAUCAGGUUUGGAGAGAUGCCCGGAGAGCCACUGGUCAUCAAACGGCCCCGGAAGAAGAUCAAAUGGAUUCCGAGCUCUAACCCUCUUCCUCAGCCGUUCAAGGAACCCCUUGCAACGACACGUUUGGAAAAUAACAGCAAAGCUGAAAAACCCAAACCUCUCAGACGCAAAAAUGCGGCAGACAGCUUAGCACCUCUUCUGGAUAACAAGAGCACACAACUUUCUUCAUCAAAAGAGAUUGGGGGGAUAGAGAAGAAGCAUGCACGCAACUUCUCCCUGGAUGUUCACCCAUAUAUGCUGACAAUUCGUAAGCCUAAAGUGGAGGCCGUAACCACAGAACCCCUACCCUCAGAGCACAACAUGGAUACAGUUUAUCUAGAAGGCACACACACUAUUGUUCAUGUGUCUGGUGCAAUUACAGAAACUAAGGUUUGCUCUCCAGAAUCAACCAACACUGCCUUUAAUACAGUGACUCUGCCCACAACUACAUAUGUAAACGGGGUGAGUCCAAAUCCUCCCUCCAGCGAGGACCCACUCAGUCCGAAACCCUCUCCUCCACAACCAGAGCCUCUUGCCCAAACGGAGAGCCUUGAGUCACAACCUCCACCCCUAACCAGAGCACCCACACACCAAUUACUAAGCAUACGUCAUACACUCUUUGAAGAAGAGGAAGAUGAAGAGAACAGAAGGGACAGGCUUGCAGAGAGACCCGGGGAGCUCAUUGCUGCAGGGGAAUCUUUCAGUACUUCAAGCAUGGACCAAGACAACAAUUCAGAGGAUGAGUCAGUUGGGCCGGCAGAGGAUCUCGCUGAAGAGGAGCUGCCCUGUAUACCCCCAGGGCUUGCUGAUGGAGAAGCGAUGGAGAUGCUAUGGCAGUUACGAGCCCAGCGCCGCCAGUCGUCUCCUCAGCUCCCAGAGACAGUGACCCGUCUCGCUGCCCCUGAUGGCAGUCUGCUGUACCUGGUGGGCACUGCCCAUUUCAGUGACAGCAGCAAAAAGGACGUAGCCAUGACGAUCCGCGCUGUGCAGCCGGAUGUGGUGGUGGUGGAGCUGUGCCAGUACAGAGUGUCAAUGUUGAGGAUGGAUGAGAAUACCUUGCUCAAGGAAGCCAAAGACAUCAACCUGGAUAAGGUUCAGCAAGCCAUCAAGCAGAAUGGGCUGAUGUCUGGCCUGAUGCAGAUUCUCCUGCUUAAAGUUUCAGCUCACAUCACAGAGCAACUGGGAAUGGCACCCGGAGGAGAGUUUAGGGAAGCCUUCAAAGAAGCCGGACGGGUACCAUUUUGUAAAUUUCAGCUGGGAGACAGACCGAUCCCAGUGACGUUCAAAAGAGCCAUAGCUGCUCUAAGUCUGUGGCAGAAGGCUCGCUUAGCCUGGGGUCUCUGCUUUUUGUCAGAUCCUAUCAGUAAAGAGGACGUGGAAAAGUGCAAACAGAAGGACUUGCUGGAACAAACCAUGUCAGAGAUGAUUGGUGAGUUUCCUGCUCUUCACCAAACCAUCGUGGCUGAAAGAGACAUCUACCUCACACACGAGCUCCGCCAGGCUACACGCUGUGUGGAGGCCCCCUCUAGUGCCCAGAAAGUGCCUGCUGUGGUGGUGGGAGUCGUGGGAAUGGGUCAUGUCCCUGGCAUUGAACGGAAUUGGGAGAAGGAACUCAACAUAAAUGAAAUCAUGAGAGUUGCACCCCCCUCACGUUUCAGCUGGGUGCUGCGCGCUGUGAUAAAAGGCGUCAUGAUGGGAAUGCUCGGAUAUGCCUGCUACCGUGCCGGAGGAAGUUUAGGUAGAGCCAUGCUCUCUUUACCUGCAGUCCAGUCAUUACUAGAGACGCUGCGACCGCCCCCUGCUUGACCUCACUGGCCCUUUCUAAGCCAUCUCUGACCUUUUGAUCUACUGAAACAAUGCAUCACCAAUGGCCUUAAGAACUAGAGGUGAGACUGGAGGAAUGGGUUCACCAGCCCUAACUUUAAACUACAAGGACCUUCUGGGGGUGAGGAGCCCCUCACCUUGUAUUGAUGUCCACGCUGACACAGCGAGGCUGUACUGCCAAAGAAACCAUGACAGUACUUUUGUUUAUUUUGUUCAAAUUCUACCUUUUAUAAGAGUUGCAUAUUCUACAAACUUUACCUCUUAUGUUUAUAACCCCCGCCCACAUCAUUCCAGUAAAUGACACGUACACAGUCAGAAACAGUUUUAAACGGCAACACUGGAAUUCUCAUUGGUCAUUUAAGAUAAGUUUCUCCAGGUCCUUCCUACACUUUGGUGCCAGCCAGACUGUUGGUGAAGGGCCGACGACAUAAAAUCCAGCACUUUAUCAGAGACAGUUAGUCUUGAUUCACACUUGCAUCCUGUGGAAGUGAAACAAAGAAUAUGUUAUUCAAUUACAUUCAAAUUUUAAUAUUUCUAGUAAAUUAACAGAAUGAUUGAUUUGGUGUAAGGUACAUAUAAAUAAAAAAAAAAAACUCUGCAAGGCUGACCAUCAUGCUCCAAAUUAUUUAUGCAUUUACCAUCUAAAAUACCGUAGUUGCAUGCUCCUUAAAACUUGCAUACAGUAUAAGUAUAAGAAGCAUGAUUGAUUGCUUUGGCUAAUUUAACCCAUUAUGACCAAAGGCUUCAAGCCUUUUUCUUCAAACUGUUAACCCAAACAUUAUAUUCCUCAGCCUCGUAACUCUAAGCAUGAAAUAAAAAAAAGAUUUAAAGGUAAAUACCUUUGCAUUAUUGUAAAUUAUUUUUCCUUUCCAAUCUUUUUAAUUUUGAAACAAAAAUGUAAAAGAUGAAACAGCCGAUGUGAUGCUUGUGUCACAUGAGACUUGAAAGGUAAAGGCAAACAUACAAUAUCAGGUCGUAAUGGGUUAACGGCAAAGUGCCUCAUACUGCAGCUAGAAGGGCUACUGUUUAACUCAAGUGAGCGGCAACAGUUUUUGUGAAUAUGUCACAUUUAACAAAAAAGAUCUAAGUUUCUUCAAAUCAUACCUUAUACAAAUACAUGUGAGGCCUGUAUUGUGAAGCCCAAGAAAGACCUAUAUAGAAAGACCUAUAGCCAAACCCGAAUACGCCUCAGAACACCAGUGCAAAAUGUUGUUUUGUUGAUUGCAUCUCCAAUAAGAGGCAACCUAGAAAUUUAAUCUCUCUAUUUUUUGUGUUAGAGUUCUUAACUGAUUGCAAUACCUGCAUAUGCCAUCAUACAAGAUCCACCUGUAAGCAAGCACACCAGGUUUUUUCCUGUGCUUUAAUUUUCAGAAUUCAGCCCUAAGUUAAAGAAAGAAAAAAACACAAUGAAAUGCUUGUAAAAAUAGAUUCCAGUGAUUCCAACAUUUCAUUAAUCAAUAUUUCAAUCACUUUGAAGAAAUGGGACAUUUUAACGCUGCGUUCAAUUUUUUUAGCUCAACUUAAGUUUGAGUUUAAGCAACUUGAGUUUGGAUGGAGCUGCGUUUAGCUCUGUGUAGCAUAGCUGUUUCUCCUAACAGCAGCUGGUAAACUUCCAGGACAUGUAGAAACCGUAGCCUGACCUUUGACAAGCAAAUAUCCCAUCCACUUAAAGGAUAAUUAAGCAUAGCUGCUCCACUGUCCUGGGUUUUGUGUUCAUGAUGUACCAAAUGUUCUUGGGUGAAGAACCAGGACUCAAAGCCAAGCCGUUUUAACAGACUGGCAGACUAACAGAUCUUGUUGAAAUAUGCAAGUCCAUCUUCAAUGAAGUCAUAAUGCAAGAUAGAAGCAUAUGUUGCACUAAAACCUGCAUAUGCCUUUGUGAAUGUGCACUCAUCUUUGGGUACUAAGGAGCCCCAUUCCCAUCAGAGAUGCUGGCUUUUGAACAGAGUACUGAGAAAAACAUUUUUGUGUGUGUGUUCUGGAGGAAGAAAUCUUUUUUGAUUUUCUCAAAGAAUUUAAUGUUUGUCUGGCCACAGAACAGAUCGCCACUGUGCCUCAGCUCAUUUUUUUGAGCCAGAGAAGACUGUGGUGUUUCUGGCUCGUGCUCACAUGCAUUGACCCCGACUUCAGAGGAUUCUACAUGAUGAUGAGUUGUUAUGCCUAGACUCAAGUAAAAGGAAAUAUUAAGGGGAAACUGGGAGAUUAAGCCUUACUUUGAAAUCACUGCUGCCUUUUGACGCUCAGAUCGCCUCCUGCUGAAGAUUAUCACAACACAAGCUGUAUCUACUUUAAUGACUUUUUUUUGCGCAUGAGUAAAAAGAGGGUAUGACUUGAUGAAAACUACAGUAUGCCAUAAAAGGAUAUAGCAAGAUAAAUUGUCUGAGGAAGACAAUUGCAUGGUUACAAAGCUAUGUGUCUACCAAUUCCCAGGACGUUCUGAGUAAUUUAUGUACAUUACCCUGUUGUGUAUAGUCUUUUAUUUACUAUAGCUGUAUUAAUGGGUGAUUGGGGAGAAAGGUAUUUGGAUCACUUUACUUAGUGAAAGGGUCCAAUGAAUUAUAUGUAUCCUUAUUUAAUCUAUAAAACUUAAUCAAACCAUGUGCCAGCUAUCCAUACUCGGAGCUAUGUUAAAAACAUGUCUUCCAGUUAAUGAAUAGAUUCUCUAUAAUAUAUGAAGGAUGAUGUUAAGGUCAGAUGUAGACUGUUGUUUUGCUGCCUAGUGCAGAAUCUGAUGUUGUGUCUGUCUCCAUCCUUCAUAAUUUCCUACCUACUGUAUGUUUGAUAACUCCCAAGAACACUGUAGGAAUGCCUGUAUUUGUUGUGAAACCUCUUUUCCGGAUUUCUUGUCUUGCAUUGUCAUUGUAAAGGUACCAAACGCUGAGUGUUGAUUCAGCUGUGGUUUAUAAAAAAAACUAUAUUAAGUUAAAACAUAUUUUUGACUAAAAGAAUGUUUAGCCCGAUUAUUCGCUUGUUUAAGAACUGUAAACAUGGUAAGAUAAUGAGGGGGAUAAAUUAUCUAUAUUUGAAUAUCUUUUUAUCUAUUAAAUAUCAGUUAUGGCUUACAUAUUUCGACUUCUGUAGUUUGUUUCCAGUC